CAUAAAAAAUACUGUACAUUACAGCGGGGUGUGAAAGUGAGCGCUAGUAGGAUGGAUCAAUAAAAGAAGCGACCCAUACGGACGCCAUAUUGACCAAAACAAAAUGGCAGAACAAGAGAAUAGUUGACAAAGUCUGCAGGCUUUCGUUGACAGAUGUCUUCUCGUGACACGAUAAAUCCGCAACAACGACUAUUAGAUCUGCUCCGGUGCUCGCGGCGGUGGCCACUCUUCUGAAUUACUAUGAUCAAGUUCCUACUUAUGGUCAACAAACAGGGGCAGACUCGCCUAUCCAAGUAUUAUGAACAAGUGGAGCUUGGGAAGAGAGCAGCUCUUGAAGCUGACGUGGUCAGGGGAUGCCUCGCUCGGAGGAAGGAAGAGUGUUCAUUUGUGGAGUAUAAGGACUACAAACUGGUCUAUCGACAGUACGCAGCACUUUUUGUUGUUGUUGGCAUCACUGAAAAUGAGAAUGAACUCUCAAUCUAUGAACUUGUGCACAACUUCGUCGAGGUGUUAGACAAGUAUUUCAGUCGUGUGAGUGAGUUGGAUAUCAUGUUCAAUUUAGAUAAAGUGCACAUUAUACUUGAUGAAAUGAUCCUGAAUGGACACAUUGUGGAGACAAACAAGAACCGGAUACUGGCACCACUACUGGCCCUGGACAAGAUGGCUGAAAGCUGAUCCAAUGUUAUAAAUAAAGGGUUCUCACUACUCUAAACUUAGGGUUCGUCUUCCAUAAAAUUGUUUAUAACAUUUUUUUGAUGUGAUCUGUAAUAAUCCCAAUGCGAUGUCUAAAUGUUCCUCUUAAAAAAAAGUAACUACAGACAACAGAACUAAAGACAACAAAAUGUGAAUCAUAUUCAGGAACAGAAAUAUUUGUCAGUUCAUCAUCAGCAGGAAAAAAGCAAACAAGACAGUGUUGAUACUUUGCAAACAUUUUAAUGAUUAUUUUUGGAGCAUACACAUUUGAAAAUAUUUGUUUAAUUCAAACUGCAACUUGAGUUAAAUAAAUGUUUAUAAUAUACAAAGAAAAUACAAGGGAAAGCACAGCUUGCUUUUUGCUUUGUCUUUUUUCUUUUCUUUAAAUGUGCCUUGCACACAGAACCAGUGUUUCUGUAUCUAUAGCUUUAUUGUAAAAUUACACAAAUGCACUCAGGGACUUUGAUCCUUUAGCAGGGCAAUGAACAGUUGAAAACAUACUCACACAGUAACGGAAGCAAAAAAGGGAAAGCAUGUGCAUGAUUGUAUGCAGACAGAUUAAG